AUGUCUACGAAAGCAGAAACCGAGUCCGGCGCUGAGUCUCCCGUCGAAUCCGGAUACGGUAAUAGCAGCAGCCUCAAGGUCCGCGGGGCGAUUAUACUCGUACCAAGGCCGAGCGAUGACAGUCGAGAUCCUUUGAACUGGGGCCAGGCGAAAAAGUACAUCGUCCUGAGUAUCCUCACGCUGGCAGCUUUCACAGGACAUACUUUGGCUUUGGCGAACCAACUCGGCCUGAUCGCACAAGCCAAUCUGUAUCACAAGAGCCUGACUGAGAUUUCGUACACUAUCUCCACGGCGGUGGCAGGCAUCGCUGUCGGACCGAUAUUCGUUAUCCCCUUGACACAUAUAUUCGGUCGUUGCUCAGUCCUAUUUUGGAGCUGCAUAGGAUGCAUAGCUUUCAGCAUCUGGUCAGCGCUAAUGACCGAGCCCGAUCAGUAUAUUAAAUUCACAAUUUCGCGUCUGUUUGUCGGCAUUUUCAGCGCGACACCGAUGAUUGUAGGACCGCAGCUGCUGGUGGAUACAUUCUUCCUGCAUGAGCGAGGAAGAGUUUUCAACACUUUUUUCGUUAUUUCUUCUCUCGGGACGGUUGUUGGUCCAACGUUGGGAGGGUUUAUUGUUGCACAUGUCCCUUGGCCGUGGCAGUUUUGGUGGACCAUCAUUUUACAGGGCGUGGUCAUUGGAUUGGUAUUCUUUUUCAUUGAAGAGACCGGUUUCACUCGGAAAGAUGGCAGGGUAUAUCCUUCUCAGCCGAGCACGUUUAUCCCCAAUCGUAUCGCCACUUUUUUCCCCGGUACCGCCGUUGCACAUGUAGGAGGAUUCAAGGAAGCAUUUCAUUCAGCCAUUGCCCAGUUUCUGAUAGGAAUAUCCCCGGUCACCGUCUUGGGCGGCCUCUAUCUGGUAAGCAUGUGUGGCUGGUUUGUUAGUCUCAACACGUUACUUGCAGUCUUUCUUCAGAAUUCUGUGGAAGAAGGGGGAUAUGGAUUCACUCCUCAGCAAACCGCCGCCUUCACCUUUACUCUUUGGAUAGGCAUGCUUGCAGCUCAAGUAUGGGGGUAUUUCAUCAAUGACCGAGUCCCCUUGUUGAUGUCCAAGCGAGCGUCGGGGGCAUGGAAGCCCGAGUAUCGCCUUCAUGCGCUUUGGAUACCCUCACUUGUUCUGAUGCCAACUGGCCUAGCUCUCUUCGGGUCCGGUCUACAGUACCACCUGCACUACAUGGUCCUCGCAGCUGGCGCUUUCUUGGUGACAACGUCCUCCAACAUUGCCGUCCCCGUAAUGCUUAACUACCUAGUCGAGUGUUUCAUGAGCCACCCCAUCGAAGUAAACUGCAUCUCGACAAUAUACCGCCUGGGACUUGGCCUCGGCAUUCCGUUUUUUAUCAACGCGUGGGUCGCCCAGGUCGGGGUGGGAUGGGUUUUUGGCAUGAUGGCGUUUUUCUCUCUGGCGUCUUUUGUGCCGAUUGUUGUGUUGAUGAUGUAUGGCCAUUCGCUGCGUGGAGGUGGCGGCGCACGGGCCACCCAGCUCUGUCGCGGCAGAAAAAGUUUCAAGGCAGAACGAGGAAACACAACCCCGUCCAAUAAAUCCAGUCAACAGCAGGCCUCGCGCUUUCCAGCAGUCACAAUGAGGGCCAAACGCUCCAAGAAGUAUCGCAAGCUUAUGCACCAGUAUGAAAUGACUUUUGGUUUCCACGAGCCCUACCAGGUCCUCGUGGACUCUAACUUCCUGCGCGCCGUGCAUCAAUUCAAAAUGGAUCUGAUUCCUGCGCUGGAGCGGACAUUGCAGGGCAAGGUCAAGCCAUUGCUCUCCAAAUGCUCUCUCGCAGCGAUCAUGGCCGCACAGCCCAUCAAUCCCAGAACAAACAACCCCUUCAGACCGUAUCAUCUUCCUGCGCCUACCGUUCUCCCACUGCGACAUUGCUCGCACAAUGCCGACAACACUCCAAUCGACGAAGUCGAAUGCUUACUAUCCCUGCUCUGCCCAAACACCGACACGAUGCGCAACAAAGAACACUACACACUCGCUACAGCCGAGCCCAUUGCACUAGCACACGACGAACUCGACUCACCAGAUGCGAAAAAACGCAAACGCGCACAGUCCGCCAUGGCGGAGAGAACUCAAAAGGCGAGCGCGCUUCGAUCGGGCGCGCGGGCCGUCCCCGGCGUGCCUAUCAUAUAUGUCAAGCGCUCGGUGAUGGUCCUAGAGCCGUUGAGUGUGUCGUCUGAUAGAGUGAGGAUGGGAGUGGAGAAGAGCAAGUUCAAAAGCGGCGUUGAGGCUGCGCUGGAUAUUGUCAGCGGGUUGAAGAGGAAGAGGGAAGAUGAGGACGAUGAUGAGGAUGAGGAUGGCGAGAAGCAGCAUGCUCCCAAGAACCGAGGGCUCAAGAAGGCAAAGGCGCCCAAUCCGUUGAGUAUGAGGAAGCCAAAGAGUCGAGCAAAGCAGAAACCGGAAGAACAGGGGGAGACAAGAAAGUCGAAACCGAAAGAAAAUGAGGACGCCGGUAAUGCAGAUGCAGCAGACGGAGAUGCCGCCUCGACAGUCAAGCAAAAACGGAAGAGAAGGCACAAGAGUGCAAAGAAUGACGCAGACGGGGCAGAAGCAUCGAUACCACAUGGAGAUGUGGAUAUGGAUUAG